AUGUUCGCUCAAUCCAUCUUCGUCGCUGCUAUCGCUGCCGUCGCAACUGCCUCGCCGCUUGCAGCCCGCACCGACUACAAGUGCAACACUGGCCCCGUCCAGUGCUGCAACACCAUGAAGUCCCACGAGUCGUCCGAGGGCAACAUUGUCGCUUCCUUGCUGAAGCUUGAUAUCGGUGGAAUCACAGGCGAGCUUGGCUUGCAAUGCUCGCCUGUUGCCAACCUCAUCGGAGGUGGACCCAAGUGCUCCGGGCAGACAGUUUGCUGCGAGAACACUAAAUUCAACGGCCUUGUUAACAUCGGCUGCACACCUAUCAAUAUCGGCCUCUAA